UUUCUAUAUAAAGAUGAAUGAGGAGCCCAUAAGUCAUACUGCACUAAACCCGGACUCACUGCAGAGGCACCCAAUGAAAAAUAACAUGGAGCAUAAAUCUAGUUCAAGUGAAUUGCCAUUCGCCAAGAAAGAGCUGAAACACCACAGAGGUUGUAAAAAACAGAAGAAAAAUACAGCAGAAGAUGUCAGUGGCAAAGAUUUUUUAACUCUUCCAUGGAGGCUCAUUUCUGGGGUGCUGGGGGUCCUGUGCCUUCUUCUGUUGGUUACAGCCAUUGUGGUGUCUCUUCUCACUGCAAACUCAUCUUCUGAGCAAACACCUCUCAUGAUCCAGCAAAAAGGUUGUCAUUCUUGUCCAGAGAAUUGGAUUUGGUUCAGAUACAGUUGUUACUACUUCUCCAAGGAACAGUUAACUUGGAGAGAGAGUCAACGUGCCUGCUUAGCUCAGAAUUCCAGUCUCAUGAAGAUAAACAGGGAGGAGCUGCAUUUCUUCUCGUUAAACUCUUUCUUUUGGAUUGGAGUCUACCAUAAUGGAAUUGAUAAGCAAUGGCUGUGGGAAAAUGGCUCAGUUAUGUCCUCUGAUAUCUUUGACUGUCAUAGACAUCAAAAGAAACAAGUCUGUUUGUCUUACAAAUCAAGAGACGUUUAUUCAGGUGAUAAUUGUGAAACUAAACUGAACUACAUCUGUAAGAAUCAUCGUAUUUAAAUGUUUAUGAAGUCACAGAAAAGAUGAAAAUUACUCUUGUCUCAUGCUGGGCCCUGACACCACUGGUCGUUUUCCCAUUCUCUGGAGAAAAUAUGUAAAUUUACAUCUUUGGUUUAAUAAAAAUAGAAUCCUCUAAA